AUGGGGAUUGAGGGUCUCCGGAACAGACGGGCCCUUACCGGGGCCCUAGUUCUGGAGAUACCGGGCCCCAACAGGGAGGAGCAGGCGAAAGACCUGGCCGCCAGGCUUACAACCCUGCUGGCGGGCAAAGAGGGGGUGGACGUGGCGGAAGCGGUGGCGAGUUUGGGGGGCUGCGCGCCCGAGGAGCUGAGCGUGGGGGCCAUCAGGCUGGCCCCAAAUGGACUGGGCACGGCCUGGUUGCGUUGCCCCUUGAGGGUAGCGCAGGCCGCGGCCAAGACGUCCCGCGUCACGGUGGGCUGGGCCAGGUGCCGAGUGGAAGUCCUCCCGGCACGUCCCCUGCAGUGUUUUCGGUGUCAUCUGGCCGGACACGUGGGGGCCGCAUGCGGCAGUCGCGACGACAGGAGCGACUGCUGCUAUAAGUGCGGCAGGCCUGGCCACGUAGCGAGAGACUGCGCGGCGGACAAGCCGGAUUGUCCGAUCUGUAGGACUAAAGGCAAGCCUGCGGAGCAUCGGGUGGGCAGCAAAGCCUGUCCGGCCAGCAGGAGAGCGAAAGGUAGGAGAGGACAGGCUCCGGUAAGGACGCCGACGGCAACGGUGGUCGCCUCUCCAGCUGGAGGGGAGAUGGCCGGAAUGGGUGAACCGCCUCAACAGGCGGUUGAAAACAUGGAGGUAACCAUGGUGGAGGGGGAACAUCAGUGA